AUUAAACUUCUACUUAUAACCACUUAUUGUCGAAGUCUUAAUUGCUUAUAUAUAUUCUUUUUUAUAAUAUAGAUCAGUCAAUCGGUCCACUAACAAAUUACAUACUUUUCAUUUUGUCCUUCUUCGUGCCUCUGAGAUCAAAUUUCAUAAAUUAAUAUUGCUCAAAAUGUUCUCACGUGAAAAAGAUGGAAGUGGAAGUGGAAAUGAUAGUAAAUAUUGGAAAGCUAGGAAAUCUCCUAGUUUACAAUUACCAUUAUACUAUAAGGAUAAACCAACACAUACACCUUCAGUAGGUGGAACCAUUGGAUAUAAAUUUAGGCAUUUAUUAAGAUCAAAUUCUAAAAUGGCAAUUUUUCUAAAGGCAUUCUUUGGAUCUUUAUCAGUAUACUUUUUUUAUAUAUACUUAAUAAGUUCUGGUCAUGAAUUUUCACUACCAAAGUCUAGUAGUAAAGUUGAUUGGAAAAUAGCUCAACAAGAAGUUAAAGAUGUAUUUUUAGAAAGUUGGCAUACUUAUGAAAAAUAUGGUUGGGGUUAUGAUAUUUAUCAUCCAAUUAAACAACAAGGUGAAAAUAUGGGACCAAAACCUCUUGGUUGGAUGAUUGUUGAUUCAAUUGAUACAUUAAUGAUUAUGGAUGCAAAAGAUGAAGUUUCUCGAGCUACGAAAUGGAUUAAAGAUGAUUUAGAUUAUAAAUUUAAUUAUAAUGUUAAUGUAUUUGAAACAACAAUUAGAAUGGUUGGUGGAUUAUUAUCGGCUUUCCAUUUAAGUAAAGAUGAUAUGUUUUUAGAUAAAGCAGCUGAUUUAGCUAAUGCAAUUGAAGGAGCAUUUAAAACUAGAACUGGUAUACCUUUAAGUUCAGUAAAUUUAGAAUCUGGUGAAGGUGUUAAAAAUCAUGUUGAUGCAGGUGCAUCAUCAACUGCUGAAGUUGCAACUUUACAAUUAGAAUUUAAAUAUUUAGCUCAUUUAACUGGUGAACAAUUAUAUUGGCAAAGAGCUGAAAAAGUUAUGGAAGUUUUAGAAUCAAAUAAACCAGUUGAUGGAUUAGUUCCAAUUUAUGUUAAUCCAGAUACUGGGAAAUAUCAAGGAAGAUUAAUAAGAUUAGGUUCAAGAGGUGAUUCUUAUUAUGAAUAUUUAUUAAAACAAUAUUUACAAACUAAUCAACAAGAACCAAUUUAUUGGGAUCUUUAUCAUGAAUCUGUAUUAGGAGUUAAGAAACAUUUAAUUAGACAAUCUAAACCUAAUGGAUUAUAUUUUAUUGGUGAAUUAGAACAAGGUAUAGGUGGUCAAUUUUCAAGUAAAAUGGAUCAUUUAGUUUGUUUUUAUGGUGGAUUAUUAGCUUUAGGUGCAACCAAUGGUUUAACUCUUGCAGAAGCUAGACUUGAACCAAAUUGGAAUGAUGAACUUGAAGAAGAUUUUAAAUUAGGAGCUGAAAUAACUAAAACUUGUUAUCAUAUGUAUUCUAAUAUUAAGACUGGUUUAUCACCAGAAAUUGUUGUAUUUAAUGAAGAUGAAAAUAAAGAUUAUGAUUUCUCAAUUAGAGCAGCUGAUAGACAUAAUUUACAACGUCCAGAAACAGUUGAAUCAUUAUUCAUAUUAUAUAGAUUAACUGGUGAUGAAAAGUAUAGAAUAUGGGGUUAUGAUAUUUUACAAAGCUUUAAGAAAUAUUCAAAGGUUAAGAAUAGUAAAGGAGAAGUUUCAUAUACUAGUUUAGAUGAUGUUACUAUUAUUCCUCCAAGAGCAAAAGAUAAUGUAGAAUCAUUCUGGUGGGCAGAAACUUUGAAAUAUUUAUAUUUAUUAUUUGAUGAUACCAAUAAAAUUCCAUUAGAUAAAUAUGUAUUUAAUACUGAAGCUCAUCCAUUCCCUAAAUUUGAUUUAACUGAUCAUUUAAAGACUGGUUGGAUAAGAAAGAUUUCUGGUGAUAAAGAGCCAGAAUUCCAACCUCCUGUUCAAGGUAAACAACCAGUUCCUGGUAGAGCUAAAGAGGCUCCAGCUGCAAACGCAAAAGCAGCCAUACCAGUAUCUGAACAACAAAAAGCUGGAGUUCCAGUAGGUAAAGUAGGUGGACAAGUACCAGUAAUAGAUAAAAAAAAUCCCCCACAAGCUCAACCAGUUGAUAAAUCAGUUGAAAAGGAAGUUGAAGAACAAAUUAAGAAGAAUCCUAAAUUAGCUAAAGAGGAGAAUAAAGAAGAUACUAAGGCUAAAUUGAAUAAAAUAAUUCAAGAUAUUCAGGAGUAGAUGCCCAUACUCGUCGUUCAUCUAUAAUUUACAUAUUUACAUAAAUAACUCAUAGUAAUUCAGGCGUUUUUAACUAU